AUGAGCUUUAGAGGUGGUAAUAGAGGUGGCCGUGGUGGUUUCCGUGGUGGCCGUACAGGCGGUAGACAAUUCCAACCACAAGGCCCACCAGAUUCUGUUCUAGAAAUGGGUGCUUUUUUGCAUCCUUGUGAAGGUGACAUUGUUUGCCGUUCCAUUAACACUAAGAUUCCAUAUUUCAAUGCACCAAUCUAUUUAGAAAAUAAAACUCAAAUCGGUAAAGUUGAUGAAAUUCUAGGUCCAUUAAAUGAAGUCUAUUUCACCGUCAAGUGCUCUGAAGGUGUUCAAGCUGCCAGUUUUAAGGAAGGUGACAAAUUCUACAUUGCACCAGACAAAUUAUUACCAAUCGAGAGAUUUAUUCCAAAGCCUAAGGUAGCAGGCCCACCAAAACCAAAGUCUAAAAAGAAGAAGUCAUCUGCACCAGGUGGUCGUGGCGGUGCCAGAGGUGGCCGUGGUGGCUUUAGUAGAGGUGGCUCCAGAGGUGGCUCCAGAGGUGGUUUUGGCAGAGGUGGUUCCAGAGGUGGCUCUAGAGGUGGCUUCAGCAGAGGUGGUUCUAGAGGUGGCUUCAGCAGAGGUGGUUCUAGAGGUGGUAGCCGUGGUGGAAGAUACUAA